UAGCAUAAGUGAGUUUGCUGUAUAAUCUAUAGUGCAACCAUUCUCAGUAUACCAAUAGAACACACAGCAUUUAAUAUAUACAUCGCAUUGUGCUAAUAUAAACAUGUAUGGUAAUGUGGAAUUCCCAGCCCUGGAAGGAAACCAGAACUUGUCCAUGAAGAAGCAAAGGAAAAUGUCAGAGGAGAGUAAUGUAUACCUUCAGGAGGAGAGCAUAUAUGAACCAGUGGGGGAGAGAGAAAAAUCUCAGGAUACCAGGUGGAAAUUGCCAAACUUCAAAAGCUGCGGAUCAGAGUCAGGACAUUCCUGGAGACAGUAUUCAACAGAAACAGGAAGGUUACCAAGACUGAAGAUUGUCUUUAGCGUUGUGUUUUUUUUCUUGGUGUUGCUGAUUCUGUCUCUCUGUGGGCUGGGAGCCGGACUGGCUAAAUAUUACGCUAUGACUGCUGAAAUAGAGACUCUAAGGAAGGAACAGAAGAUAGUAGACUCUCUUGGCUCUUUCCUUUUAUAUAAUGAAGACCGCAAAAAGUGUGCAGAUAUACGUUUUUCAUCUUUAUCAUCACAUCAGCUCGAGAUGACAGCCUCCAUCUGCUCCUCUGAUUCCCCCUCCCAGUUAUUUCGUUGGUUCCCAGGUGGAAAGCUACUGAACAUAAAAGCAAGACAAUGUGUUGGUGUCAAGGGAACUCCCCGAUCUCUUAUUCCCUUGAUAAUAUUGCCAUGUGAUUCCCAAAAUGUGUUAAGCUGGGUCUGUACUAAUGAAACCCUUCUGGGAAUUAAGCAACAGAGCCUUUACUUCAACUACGGAAACAAUCCACAGGGCGCAGUCAUUCUGUAUGGGGGUAAUGGCUCCUGGAGUCGCUGGAAAUCCCGGGAUAUUGAUGGGAAGUUGCAGGCUGGAGGAGUUUGUGCCCAAACAUGCAGGCACUGAUAUAUGAAUUGUACUAGUGCUGACAGUUCUAGCUACCAGUACAGGAUUGAGGCAAGGUGUUGGCUGUGAAAAUAAAUUUGUAUCUGUAACUCUCAGGAGUUAAUUAUUAUUCCACCGUAUUAUUUUGUUUUAUCAAAACAGACUGAUCUAUUAGAAAACUAGCCUGUGAAUGUAUGUGCAAAGUAAAUCCCAUAAAAGAGAGCAAGACAGGAAAGACAUGUAACGUGGACGCAGCUUGUAUUUUUUGCAGCUUUUUUUGUGAGCUUAAGAAUUAUUAGUUACAGCACAUUCAAAUUGAAUUGUUUAUUUAGAGAGUCACUUUUUUACAUAUGUGUCACACAUUCACUAAUCUCAGGCAGCAGGGGAGCAUGUAUGUAAAACUUCCCUCUAUCCCCACUUUAAUACACUAAACGUUAACCUCUACCCUAACAUUCUACACUAACAGGGUUAUGCAGUAAAGUGAGAAUUGCUGAAAAUUUUAACUGGGUUAUUCACUAAAAUAACAGGGCUAGUAACUAAAGUCUAAAUGGCCCUGUAUUGAAUUGGGCAAAACCAUCAAUUAUUGUACGUGGCCAUCCUGACUGCAAAAUCUGGACAAUGUUCACGCUAUUUAGCAACGUCUCGAUUUUGAACAGCAGGUGCAGAAUGAGCCUGAAAUUGGUCCAUAUUUAGUCAGACGGAUCUCUGCAGUACACCAGAAAUCAGGGAGUUAGAUUGUUAAAACUCAGGCCCAUACGCUUAAAAUCCAGACCAGAUUUUAAAAAUACGGAC